GAGAAAACAGUGAGUUUUCAUAUUACCAUUUCAAGGUCAUCCAUUAAAAAACAAAAAGUAUUCUUUUUGGUCGGAUCUGUCAAUCCGAAAUCAUGGCUCCCCGGUUCGAAAUCGCAGUUGGUCUGCGAAAAGGCCACAAAACAACAAAGAUUUCCGCUGGCAGAAAGGGAAUUACAGAUAAGACCAUCAAAGUCAGACCUGCCAGGCUAAAGGGUCUGCAAACCAAGCACUCCAAGUUUGUCCGUGACCUGGUCCGCGAGGUCGUUGGCCACGCUCAGUAUGAGAAGAGGGCUAUGGAGUUGUUGAAGGUGUCAAAAGACAAGCGCGCCCUGAAGUUCCUGAAGCGCCGCCUCGGCACACACAUCCGCGCCAAGAGGAAGCGUGAAGAGCUCAGCAACGUCCUGACACAGAUGAGGAAGGCCGCCGCACAGGCACACCACCACCACUGAACACAAUAAACUAGUGUAAACUUC